AUGAAUAACGUCGACAGCCUCAUCCAGGGCGUGGAAGCCAUCACUGGAAUUAUCUUCAAGAACAAGCUGCUAUGUGCAGAAUCGCUGCAAAUGAAAGAACCCAAUUGCCCCCUCCGCGUUGCGGGUGUUAUCCACUUUGUCAAUAAGAACAGAGACCUUGAGUUGGUUGGAGAUGCUGUCAUCAAUGCGGUGUUGGUCAAGAUGUGGUACGAAGCGCGCGACCACAACGGCGAUCGCCACAGCCUCGAAGCUUGGACUCAAAUGAGAAACGAUCUGACCAGCAACGAGAAGUUUGCUGAGCGUGGCUUCAGCCUUCAACUGGACAAGCUGAUCAUCAAGAACUUGGGCAUGCGCACCCCAUCUAAAGACAUGGUGGCCAAUACAUUUGAAGCCGUCGUGGGAGCCAUCUCUAUAGAUGCGGGAGAGAAUUUGUUCAAUGCUGUUCGCGAUGCGCUCGAGCAUAUGGGCUUCUUCGACCACCCUCUAUUCGCUGGAACCCACAAUGUUCAGUCCAUCACCACCAGACUUGCCACUGCCACCUUUUGA